GCACCCGCGGUGCCGCAGGCGGCGGGGAGCGGAGGCCAGACCUCGCGCCGAGACUUCUACUGGCUGCGUUCCUUCUUGGCCGGGGGCAUUGCUGGGUGCUGUGCCAAAACCACAGUUGCGCCUUUGGAUCGAGUGAAGGUGUUAUUACAAGCUCACAACCACCAUUACAAACAUUUAGGGGUACUGUCUACACUGCGUGCUGUUCCCCAGAAGGAAGGCUACCUUGGCUUGUAUAAAGGAAAUGGCGCCAUGAUGAUUCGAAUCUUUCCCUACGGUGCGAUCCAGUUCAUGGCGUUUGAGCAUUAUAAAACGUUCAUUACUACAAAGCUGGGAGUUUCUGGUCAUGUGCACAGAUUAAUGGCUGGAUCCAUGGCAGGCAUGACAGCGGUUAUCUGCACUUACCCUCUCGAUGUGGUUAGGGUGCGCCUCGCCUUCCAGGUGAAAGGGGAGCACACCUAUUCAGGGAUCAUUCAUGCAUUCAAGACGAUUUAUGCUAAGGAAGGCGGUUUCCUUGGAUUCUACAGAGGUCUGAUGCCUACUAUAUUGGGAAUGGCCCCGUAUGCAGGUGUUUCCUUUUUUACCUUCGGCACCUUGAAGAGCGUUGGGCUUUCCUACGCGCCCACCCUGCUCGGCCGCCCCUCAUCUGACAAUCCCAAUGUCCUAGUUCUCAGGACUCAUGUGAACUUACUGUGUGGUGGUGUUGCUGGAGCAAUAGCCCAGACGAUAUCCUACCCAUUUGAUGUGACCCGCCGGAGAAUGCAGUUGGGGACGGUCCUGCCAGAGUCUGAAAAGUGCCUUACGAUGCGGGAGACCAUGAAGUAUGUCUAUGGACACCAUGGGAUUCGGAAAGGACUGUACCGUGGCUUGUCUCUGAACUACAUCCGCUGUAUUCCCUCGCAAGCCGUGGCUUUCACAACCUAUGAACUUAUGAAGCAAUUUUUUCACCUUAACUAAAAGAAAAAAUUACCAGUUGUGAUGGUUUUCCUCAGUAAAUUCUCAGAGGGAAAUAUAUAUAUAAAUGUUACCUUAAUUGUGAGGGAGACAUUACUUGAAGGGGACGUUUGCCCUGUCACAGGAACCACUGGGGCUCUAAUACUUGAUUUCUGUUGGAUUUUAAAUCAUAGAUCGAAAGUGCUUAGCAUAAUGUUUUGUUUUCUUUUUGAUGGGAUCUAGAUAUGUAACCCUGGCUGGCUUGGAACUCUCUGUGGAGACCAGACUGGCCUAGACUCCUGGCAAUCCUCCUGCCUCUGCCUCCCAAGUACUGAGAUCUCCGGCAUGUGCCACCAUGCCUGCUCUGACGUGCUUUUUAAUGGCAAACAUUAUACCUUAGAACCCUGCAAAACCAUCUUGCGCUGAUGGUGGUAACUGCUGGUUAUUUUAAAGUACUAUUGGAAGGAGAGGUGGGUUCGUAUUGGAGUUUAAGAGAUUGUCAUUGGUUUCACCACACUAUUCCAAACUUCAUUGUAAUUGUGGUCAUGGAGGCGGGGAGGGACAGGAAUCAAACCCAGGGCCCUUUGCAUGCCUGGCACAGGUUGUCCCCACUGUGCCACAUCCCCAGCCUGUAAUUAUGAUUGUCUUUUUUUUCCUCAGUGCUGAGGGAGUUGAGCCCAGGGCCUUGCGUGUGCAAGGCAAGCACCAUACCACUGAGCUACAUUCCUGACCCUUUUCUCUUUUAGCGAUGUGCUGGGAUCAAACUCAUGCAUGCUAAUUGCACCCCACCAAUGGCCUGCACCCCACCAAUGGCCUGCACCCCAGCCUCUAACACCGCUUGUUAUCCCCGACUCUCCAUCCUUUCGUUCCUUGUUCUGGGGAGUAAACUCAGGGUCUCUCUCGCCUGUCUUGCUAGAUAAGCGCUCUACCUCUGAACUCCAUCUCCAGCAUCUGACCUUGUGUAGUGUUACUAAAGUCAGCAGACUCGGUUCAAUUGUAGUGGAAUGAGAAUUGAAUAUCUGGGAACCAUAGCUAGCAACAAGUCGUGUUCUUGUUAUGUUUCUUCUCAGAGUUCUGCUCCAGUUGAUAAAAGGACACUUUUUCCUCAUUGAUUUGAAAAGUUUUUCUUUAUUUUUAUUUUCCUCUCUUUGGGGAUUGAAUCUAGGACCUUGUACAUGCCAGUCAAGUGGUAUACCUACCACUGAGCUACAUCCUCAGCUCUCUUCCUUUCUCAAUACAAUUGGUCUUGUCUUAAAAAGGAGAGACUUAAUCAGGUUUUGUUCAAAUGCUGUUGCCAGGUACUUUGAUUUUCGUGAUUUAAAAAAAAAAGCACUGUUUUUCUCAAAGGCAGUAAUAAUGAAAAUUAAAUAUCUUUGCUCUUAAAAGGAGAGUAGCAUUGUAGAUGUUUGUCUUAAAUCACUUGAUGUGUACUAGAAAAUUUAAGUGGACCAUGAGUAUAGCUGAAGCAAUGUUUCCAAGAUACUAUGUCAAUAUACAAGUUCUUCCAUGUACAGUACGUUUAGUGUGUCAUACUCAUAAGUGUAAAUAUAGAACACGCGCUGAUUGUUACAUUUUAAAGAACGUUGUUUAGAAUAUAAGAAUCCUGAUCAUUGUGUUUAGAGCCCUUUUCUCUUUUGUUGUGAGCAUGACAGAUGGAGUAGCAGCAGUGACUGUCUGUCUGUCUGUCUGUAGAGGUGGGGCUUUGUGGAGCCGAUGUGAGCUGUAAGACUUUAAAUAUAAGCUGCUGAGGUUAUUUCUGCAUUUUUUUGCGCAUAAAGAUUUCUUGUCAUAUCUUGGUAAAAAUUGGAUGAAUUAAUUUCAUUUGUGUAAUCUUUACUUUAAAAAUGAACAUGUGCUUUGUGACUUGAAGUAUACCGGGAGUGGGGAUACAUCAGUUUAUAAAGCUCUUUUGUAUAUUUUCAUUUCUGGACCACACUGUAGCUAAUUAUUCCACUCAAUCUUAAGGUAAUUUAAACCUAUAAAAUAAAUAUCUCAGUUAUAUUAUCAAUAAAAGAGAACUGAAAAUAUUUUUAAAUAAGAAAUUGCAUUCUAUGUCUGUUAUAGACUCCAUAAGAUAUUAAAAGUAAUUUUUUAUCCUUG